AUGGCAGCAAUUCCAACAGUCGAAACCGGUGUUCCUGGUGAUCAUAUCAAGACUCCACGCAUUGGUUUGGAAUGCAUGCCACUGAGCGGCACCUAUGGAUCAGUAGUUGAUGCCGAAUCACUCCAACUGCUCGGCCAUGCACACAAGGCAGGCUGCACCCUGUGGGACACCACCGAUCUCUAUGGUUUUGGCCACGAGUUCACAGUACCAGAACUGGGCGCAGACGUAUCAUUCAGCUCUCAGAUCACAGGCAUCCGUGGUGGCCUUGAGUAUGUGCGUACCUCCAUCGAGGGCAGCCUUAAGCGCCUCGGUGUAGACAGAAUCGGCCUCUACUACCAGCACCGCGUCGACCCAAAUACACCUAUUGAAAAAAAACAGUGGCUGUGA